AUGGAUUCUUGUUCUUCUUCUUGGGUUUAUUUCCCUCCCGCGCUAACCAUCCAAAACGGAGGAGACUUAGGAGUGGCUUUAAUGGAGAAUGCUCUCGCUGAUUUUCAUGAUACAUUGCCUUUCAACCAAGCCUUUGUUUCUACCAUGCUUACCUUGUUUGUCACACAAUCAAGCAAACUUUUCUGGAACUUCUGUAAGGAGAGAAAAUGGAAUUUCAGACUGUUGCUUGCUUCUCAAGGAAUGCCUUCUACUCGUAGUGCAGUAUGUUCUGCUCUCGCCACUUCUGUUGCUCUCUCUCAUGGUGUUUCUGGUCCACAGUUUGCUCUUUCUUUGGGAUUUGGUCUCAUUGUGAUGUGCGAUGCUGUCGCUAUUAGAAGACAUGUUGGCAUCCAAGCACGGGCGGUUAAUAGGCUUCUGGAUGUAGUGUUUGAAGACUCUCCAGUAGAUAUUGAGAAACUAGAAGAAGAUGUUGGUAACACCCUACCUCAAGUCUUCGUUGGUGCAAUGCUUGGUUCUGCAGUUGCCAUUUUAUGCUCUCUAGGUUUCAUGUUUCUACAUUAG